UUAUUCUAUAUGGGUGUGGGGAUAGUGAAGCUCUCUCAACUCUCUCUCUCUCUCUCUCCUCCCAUUGGAAGGCUUUUGUUUUGUAUCUCUAUACAUUAAUCCAUGCUUUUGGCUUUUGCCACCCCAUGUGAGGUAUCCAGUCAAGAAGAUUGUGACCCCUCCAACCAUUAUACUACACACACACACACACACACACACACACACACACACACAUCCUAAUCCAUCUCUCUCUCUCUUCUCUCUCUUUUCUCUCUCAAACCCUUAGUCCCUAGCUAGCUCUUUUGGUUGAAGAACUUGUUUCUCCUACGACGAUGAUGACUUGACACUUUUUUCUUGCAUCAAAGGCUCCCAUUUUCCUUGCUUUUUAGGCACUUGCUUUUCUAAGUUCAUCAUAUGUAGAAUUGUUUAAAAGGUAUUUUUUCCUAUUCCCUUUUGCGCUGUAGCGUGUCGCUCAGGCAAAUACAUCUCUACAAAUGCUACCUUUAUAUGUCAUGCAACUGUGGAUGAAGAUGCAAGCUCUGGGGGUACAAAUGUAAUUUCACUCUUUACUUUCUCUCUUCUUUUUUUCAGACCAAACUAUAAUAAAUCAAUUUAAAGAAAAAGGGGGCUACACCUGCACACAAACACAGCCGUCUUCUUAUUAUGGUUAUUUCCCAACUCCAUAGCCAUAGGUAUAUUUUCUAGAUUUUUAGGACGAAAGUUUGGAAAUUUUUCCAUUUGGGCUUCUCAAUUUGUGGCGUUUUUGGUCAAAUUGAAGCAGAAAAUCCCAAUGACAGAAACCGGAAACUGAGAAUUUUCCGACCAAAUUAAAAAUGGGAUCUUUUAGCGGUUUAGGGAUUGGUUUGAGCUUCGUGUUUGGGUGCAUUUUAAUGGGGCUUGUAGCAGAGCUAUACUAUCUCCUAUGGUGGAAGAAGAAGCUUGCAAAAAGCAACAGCACAAGCAGCAGCGGUAGCAGCAGCAGAGAAAUUCAAGAAUUCAAUCUCCUCUUCUGUUGGAGAAAGCCCAAAUCAUGCAACAGCAACAGCAGCAGCAGCAGCCAAGAACUGACAAACCCAGCAAGAAACCACCAAGAAAUAGAAGAUUUGGAAAGCGGGAAGGAGGUAGGGCUGAAAUGCGAGGAAGGGAUCGAAGCAGAAUUGAUGAGGGUGCACAACCUCUGUGGCCCACCGCGAUUCCUCUUCACAAUCAAAGAGGAGAGCAAGGAAGAUUUGGAAUUGUGGGAAGAUGGGAGAUCGAGAAAGGGGUCCAGAACAAGAAGCUUGAGCGACGUCGUCGGCGGCGCCACCCCUUUCCUCACACCAUUGUCGUCUCCAUCUCCAUCUCCGGCCUCUUUGGAUUGCUAUAGCCACCACGGGAUCAACCCGCUCUUCGACUCGCUCCCGGAGGCGGAGCUCGGCCGCCUGCGCUCCUCGCCGCCGCCCAAGUUCAAGUUCUUGAGGGAUGCCGAGGAUAAGCUGCUGCGGAGGCUGCUGCACGAGGAGGCCCAGACCAGAAUUAUUCGGCAGAAUCUUCAGCAAGAUUCGAUUUUGGAAGAUGGGAAUUGUGGGUCUUUCGUCAAGUUUCUUAAAGUGAGAGAGCAGAUUCAUAAUCAAGCAACGCAGGUAUUGCCAUUGCCUUCUUCUCCACCAACAUUGCAACGCAGCGCAGUGGUUGAAUGAUAGUGUAAAGAAAUGAAAUCUUUUGAGUUUAUUUUUUCCCCCCCACUAAAAUUCAUUUGUAGUUUGCUACUUGUGUUUGAUGAUACUACACAGUUUUUUUUUUAAUGGAUUUUUUUUUCUUUAA